UUUCAUGUUGGUGGACUUUGUACUAUCUGGUAAAAGUCUAGUUCUAUAUUUGUAAAAUUAAAUAACUGUCUUUCUCAGGGUUAAUAACAUAUCAUUAUUUUCUUCUGAAAACCAGUUGGUGUGAAGCCAAACAACAAAAUCUGUACAAUACAAUUCGGAUAUUGGAAAUAGUGGACCUAUAAAUUGAUGAUAAUAAUUUGCAUCUGAUCAUUAUUUAGUCACCCCUAAAUAAAUUGCUCAAACAUGUAGUUCAAAAAGUUUGACUUUGUAUAUAAUUUUACAUCUUAAACGAUAAGGAAAAAUAAUAAUAAUAACAAUGGGUCUAAAAUUUUAAACAUCUUGGUGGCCUUGUGAGUCUACCUUGUUUUUCCACAAAAAAUAUGGCACCGUCAAUUGAUGUUUUCUCUGGUAACCUUGCUCCAUUUAACAAUUCGCCCCUGGCUACUUAACUGAGUGGUAAGUGUUUUCCAUGGCAGAAAGUGUGCCUGUAAUUCAUUUCCAAGGCAACACAUUGAAACCGUUUGGGCAUGGAAACCGCUAAGCAUUGCGGUGCGACCUGUUGACAGGACAGCUGCAGACCUGGGGGGGAGGAGAAGAUGUUUCUUUCCUGGAACUAGUUUUGGUUGCGUUAAGAUAUCAAGGUAACACGGUCGGUAAGAAGGCCAGCCAAAGGGAGGUUUGCUUAAUAUUUUUCUGCUGUAAAAUGUAAUGUGCAUCCUUGGAAUGAGGGUUUGGAAGGCAGUGUUUUAAUCUUUUCUUUUGUUUCACCGGCUGAUGGCGCAUCCUAUGCGUCAAUGUGGAUGUUAACUGGACCUGUUAACUGCAAGAAUGAAGACAAAGCCAUAGUUUUGUUUUCCUUACGAUAUCUAAAAUGACAGUGAAUGCAUAGAUUUUUGUAGGGAUGAAGAUGAAUCCUUAUUUUUUUCCCCUGAAAAUAUCUUUUUAAAACAAUUCUGCCCUCCUUUCAAAAAGAGAGCAUUUCACUGUUCACCAGAAAAAGGCCUUGUCAAUACUGCAGUUAUGAAAAUGUGCUCGAGACUUGCUGCUUAACAUUAUGUAGAUCAGACGUGUUGGGAAUAUAAUAACGCUUCCCAUAAAAGGACAACAUUUUCUUGUCGGACGCGGAGUUAAAUACACCAUAACUGCAGAAACUUGGGAAUCUCCAUAAGUCCUGAGGAACGAGAGGAUCGCCACAGCAGAGCACUUAUGGUCGGCAGGACUCUCGGGACUUAAUCCUCGUCGUCAUACGAUGGAUAAGGCGGAGCAGAUCCUGUCAGAGUUCAGGCUGAAGAAGGAAGAGCUCAAAGAAGUCAUGACGAGGAUGCAGCGCGAGAUGGACAGAGGGCUGCGUCUGGAGACGCACGAAGAGGCCAGCGUGAAAAUGCUCCCGACUUACGUCUGCUCCACCCCCGAGGGAUCAGAGGUGGGGGACUUCCUGGCUCUGGACCUGGGCGGGACCAACUUCCGCGUGAUGCUUGUGAAGGUGGUUGAGGACGAGGAGAUGAGCUGGAAGGUGGAUACCAAGAACCAGAUGUACUCCAUUCCCGAGGAUGCCAUGACGGGCACUGCCCAAAUGCUUUUUGACUACAUAGCAGAGUGCAUGUCCGACUUUUUGGACAAGCAUCACAUCAAGCACAGGAAGCUCCCUCUGGGUUUCACCUUCUCCUUUCCUGUUCGACACGAGGACAUCGACAAGGGCAUCCUGCUGAACUGGACCAAAGGCUUCAAGGCCUCUGGGGCAGAGGGGAACAACGUCGUGGGUUUGCUCAGAGACGCCAUCAAGAGACGAGGGGACUUUGAGAUGGACGUGGUUGCCAUGGUGAACGACACAGUGGCCACCAUGAUUUCCUGCUACUACGAGGACCGCAGCUGCGAAGUGGGGAUGAUUGUCGGCACUGGUUGUAAUGCAUGUUACAUGGAGGAGAUGAGGACCGUGGAGCUGGUGGAAGGGGAGGAGGGCCGCAUGUGCGUGAACACAGAGUGGGGGGCGUUCGGCAACAACGGGGAGCUGGAGGAGUUCCGGCUGGAGUACGACAGAGUGGUGGACGAGACCUCGAUUAACCCCGGGCAGCAGCUGUACGAGAAGCUGAUCAGCGGGAAGUAUAUGGGCGAGCUGGUCAGGCUAGUUCUGUUAAAGCUGGUGAACGAGGACCUGCUGUUUAACAGCGAGGCCUCCGAGCUGCUGAAGACACGUGGCAGCUUUGAGACGCGCUACGUCUCACAGAUGGAGAGUGACACUGGGGACAGAAAACAGAUCUACAACGUCCUGUCCUCGCUGGGUGUUCUGCCCUCGGAGUUGGACUGCGACAUCGUGCGUCUGGUCUGCGAGAGCGUGUCCACACGCUCCGCUCACAUGUGCGGCGCGGGGCUCGCCGCCAUCAUCAACCUGAUGCGGGAGCGACGCAGUCAGGAGGCCCUGAAGAUCACAGUGGGGAUCGACGGAUCCGUCUACAAGCUGCACCCAUGUUUCCGUGACAGGUUCCAUAAAAUCGUCAGGGACCUCACGCCUCACUGCGACAUUACCUUCAUCCAGUCGGAGGAGGGGAGCGGCCGCGGUGCCGCCCUCAUCUCAGCGGUGGCCUGCAAGAUGGCCACCAGCAUGCUGACACAGUAAGAAAAAGGUGCACCCCGAGAACUCUGACCUGAGAACACUGACGACAUGUCACCCACAGCCGGUGGCUCUGGCCUCUUUCGGGCUCUGAAGGGAUGCGUGUCAGCAGACCGGAUACUUGCAGCUGGAAGAUGUACAGACAAGAAAGCAACUGUAUUUUGGUAGCAUUAGACCAACGUGUCGCAAUUUCAGUGUUUUUUUUAACUCUGUGUCACUGCCUGUUGCUAGUGUUUGGGUGUGAACCUAACUGGCCAAUGUGAAAAUUGGCCGAUGUAUUAUAGAUAUAUUAUGAUACCUGUGCAAACAACACAAGGAUUCUUUUUUGUAAAGGCUGCUGUUAACUGGGACUAAAUCAGAUUCAUUGCUUUGUUGUGUAGUGAUUUCAAUAAUGAAUUAUUCCCUUGCUAUUGUAUAUUUGAAUGUUAUGUUUACCACUCUGUGUGUUAGGUUUUAUGUGUAUGAUGAAAUGUGCCUUGGAUGUGAAUAGGCUUUACUGUAAAUAUAAUUGCAUAAUUA